AUGGAAAUUAUAAAAGUAAGUUCAUUUUUUCUUUUUGAAAAGUGAAACGGCAUAAAAUGAACUUCUCAAAAAAUGGCAAAACUCUACAGAGUUACUUCUUAUCUUUUCUUUGGGUCUAGGGCCAAUUUGAACGUUUUUUUUUUGUCCAAGUUUGAGAUUUUCUUGGAAAAAUAAAAGUGAUAUUUUGAGAUUUUUGUUGAAGAAGUACUGUACUAUCGUAAUAAAUUGAUUUUGCAAAAUAAUUAGUUUUUGAAUUUGAAUAAAGGUUCUCUUUUUAAGCUCACUUAAUCCGAAAUAUUUGCGUAGAUGUUUUCAGGCAGCUUUUUUUUCAGAAACCUUUAUUUUGGGUGAAAUCAGUUUGCAACUACGUCAUGGGGACAGACAGUGAAAUCGAAGGACUUGAUGAGGUUUUUUUAAUUAAUUAUUUUGCCCCUAUGGUUUUUUUAAAGGUAUAAGCCUUGAAUAUGAGUUUUUUUGAAUCGUUUUUUUGGGCAAUUUUAAUUCAGAUCAAUUUUUCUCAUUUUUUUGCAGCGAAGGUUUUCUUUUUUUGUUCAACCUUGGAGACUUUUUGUGUUCCUUUCGGUUUUGAAGAAAAGCUGAUUCUAAUCGAAAGUUUGUAAAAAAUUUUGGAAGUUUCAAGUUUUAUAAUGAAAAUUUUUGAGCUGCGACGUUUCUUACGGUCAUUUUUAAAUAAUUGAAAUCUAAGUUUUAAAGAAGCACAUGAGGGAAUUAUUUAGCAUCACUUUUUUUUCAUUUUAAAAAGGUUUCAUAUUUUUCUGAUUUCGUUAAAAUUUUUAAGAUCAACAAGGAGCUGAAGAAGGAAAAAGAGCGAAUCGGACGACAUCUUCCAGCCGUCAAAACGAAAGAGGUGGAAUUCUUGAUCAAUGUAAUCGAUCGACAACUGCAAGACAUUCAACGAAAUUCGAACAGUCUAUCCUCGAAACCGGACGAAAACCGGCGGAACACUUUGAAAGGCUUAUUGGACUUGGAAAAACGAGGACUCGAGAAACUCCGAAAAAUCGCCCAGCGAAGCUUUGAGGCGCAGAAAAAUCUACAUCCGUUCGUUGGAGGCCCAUGAACUCCGAUUGUCUCCUGUAAGUUGGAUUCGGAUUAUAUAUUUGUUCACAGGCAAAACCAGAACAUAUUGAAAAAAAAGAGAUGAAAAAAAAAAAACAGUGUUCCUCGUUUUCAUUCGAAAAAGUUCCAUAUUUCACUUUUUUUUUCUGAGCUGUAAAUUCAUUUUUCUGAGCACUUUCGAUGAGGAAAGCGAAAAAAACCAUUAAAAUUAUUAUUUUUCUCUUUGCAAUAUUAUCUACCAGUGAGGGCGAUAAAACAAGAAAAAAAUUAAUUCCAAUGUAUUUUUUUAUCAUUACGAUUAAGUUAGUAAAGAAAAAGAACGCGAAUAAAAAAACAUUAGAAAAAUUGACUUUUAUCAAAUAUAUUAAAUCAAAAAGACUUAUUUUUAAAUAUUUAGUUUCAUGACUAUAAAAUUUUUUCCAGUUUAUGUGCCGAAUUUUUCUUUUUUUGAGUUAUUGCGGUUUUUUUGCACUGCGUUAUGCUUCUGAUUUGAUGGAAAAGUUGAAGUAAUGAAAAUUAAAAACCUCAAGUUUUAAAACUUUCUCGGAAACCUGCUUUUUUGGCAAAAAUACAUAGGCCAUUUUACUUUGCGGUUGGGAAUUUUUUUUAAAUUUUGUCGGAUUUUUACCAACUAAGGACUUGAAAGUCUCAAGGUGCAAAAUUUCUUAGUUUUUUUGAGGUGUUCUUUUUCAAAAACUAGCAAGUUGUACACAUUGAGACUUUCAAAAUACAGCAAGAAUUUCUCUGACCAAUUUUUAAGGAAUUCCCAACUGCAGAGUGAAAAGACGGUGGUAUGAAAAAAACACCAGCGAAAAAUUCAAACGGCGACUUUUCCGUUUUUUUCAUAUCGCUGGGAACUUUCCGACGGCCACCUUUUCGACGAAUCUUUUCCGACUUUUUUUUUCUCGAUAAAUUCUUCGUUUCAAAUCUUCCUAUAUAAAGUAGGUAGUUGGGUUAUGAUUAGAACACAGUAAUAGGAAAAAAAUUUUAAUAGAUGUUUUAUAAACGGAAUAAUAUAAGGGAAAAAAGUCGGAAAGGGAUUCGGCGGGAAGGUGGCCGUCGGAAAGUUCCCUAGCGAUACGAAAAAAUCGUCGUUUGAGUUUUUGCUGUCUUUUUUUUCAUACCACCGAAAAGACCUUCAAAAAAAGACCGAAAAUUUUUUUUUAGUGAAAUCAACUUUUCCAGAAGGUUUCCGAAGGCGUCGAAUAUCUCGCGCUGAUCGAGGAUAUCGAGAAACUUGUGAAGGAUCUUUCUAUUGAAAGAAACAGUUGUCUCAGUAUGAAGCGGGAAGUCAGAGAGCUCCGAAAAAGCUUCAAAAAGACUUUGAGCGACUAUUCUCUUUCAAACUUGAGUAGUCCUCUUUAUCGGAAGAUUGAAGAGAAAAUCUUCACUAUCAAAGAUUUCUUCGAGAAGAAAUCAAAUGAUUUGGAUGAUUCGCUCCGUCGUAGAGCCGAACAAAUCGAAAUGGAUAUUGAGAAAUCGCAGGAUUUCCUCAAUAGAGCAGACCCAAGCCCUAAAGUUCACACUCGAAAUCGACGCCGAUGGUCUCGAUCCCCCACAAGCAGACGUGUCGAAGCCGCAGAUUGUCCGAAAUAUUCAGUUAUUCGCAUUUCUAUUCACAAUUUUCUAUGAAUUUUUUUCAAGCCGGCAACUUCUAAUGGACGCUCCAAGCCAAAUUCCAACAACUAUGACGAUUCGUGCCAUUUUUCGCGCUCACAGGUUUUUUCUUGAUGGAACUUGCUUCAGGAAAAUUUUUCAAAAGAUGAAUUUAGGGAAGAAAAGUUUCUUAGGCUUGAUUUGAUUUUAAAUAAGUUUCGAAUGUUGCUUUUUUUAAAGUUCAUUCUUUUAUUACAACUACUAUGAAACUCUCUGAAACUUUUAGUCGAGGUUUUGACAGGCUCCGCCCCUUUUGAAGAUUACAGUAGCCAAAAUACGGAAAAAUCCUAAUUUUCGCUCUCGGUGGUCCAAAUCAAAUGAUCCUUUUUUUAAACGAAACCUAGGGACAAAUGAACAUUUUUGUGUAGAAACUUAAUUUUAAUUUCUUAUUAAACGGUUUUUCUAGCUUUCUUCAUGAAUUUUUCCUAAGUCUUUUAAGAUGAGAAAAAAUAUUUUUUUCGAAUUCAGUCGAAUAGCUGAAAGCCGGUAGUGAGGAGAUUUUUUUAUAUUCAAGUUCGGGAAAAAAAUAGAAGAAUUUUUUUGAAAAAAAAUUUAUUCAUGUGUUAAUUAAUACUCAAUAAAAAAACAUGUUCAAAAAGUUCGUUCAAAACCCUUUUUUUCCUAAGUAGUUAUGAGCAAAAUAGUAUCUCCGAAAAAAGGAAAUAUCUAAUUUUUUUAGUAAUUCUCGCCGUUCAGCUCAGUCAGAAACUCCAAAACCAACAAAAAUUUCGUCUUUUUCUUAUUCACAAAAAAAUUAUUAUAGGCUGCUUAGUUUGCCUAUGGACUUAUUAAUUGAAAGCUGAAGCGAUUAUUUUGAAAAUAUGAAUUAUUUUUUAAUACUUGUGUCUUACAGUAAGAGACUCUUACUUUCUACAAACUUGAGUACCUAAUGAAAAAAAUAGAAAAAAAAAUCCAAUCUUUUUUUUCAGCAAAAAACUCGCAUGGAGCCAAAGCCGUUCAAACCCCCUAGAGUGGAAGAAUAUUACGGGAACUCUCCGAUAAACUCAAAAAAGGAAAAUUGUUCACCGAAGGAAGAUUCUAUAGUUUGUUUCAAACAAUUGACUCAUUUAAACUCCGAACUUCAGAAUUUGAACCCUUCUGAACCUAAGAAAAAAUACAAAGAAUCAGAUUUUCCACAGUCGCUGGAUGACGUCAUGCGAAUUUUUGCGACUGAGGUACGGGGGAAAAUUUUCUUUUGGCGUUGACAAAAGUUUUGUAGGCCGGGAAAGAGAAUGAUCCGCUGGAUUUUCAAGGCAUUCCCUGUGAAUCGAAGGUAAAUUUUUUGUAAUUUUGAAGAGAAAGCGAGGAAAAAAUGAGGAAGAUUAAUUUGAGCGUUUAUUUUGCCUUGAAUACGAUAGUUUUUUCUUAAUUAGUCGGGCUGGAGAUUUGUGUGUUUUUUUUUCAAAAUGUCUAUUUACUUCUAGUUUGGCACGAAAAAGAGCAUUUUUUUUGUUGAAGUUCAUCAAAAUUCUCUUUUCUGUCUUUAUUUUAUUUAGAAUCCUUCGAAAUUGACUCAAGUCAGUAGACUGCUGCCUUCAUAAACGAGAAAAAGAGAGUUCUAGACGACGAGUGGAAUAUUUUCUAAGGCGAGAUAGGAUUACGGUAGCGCGUCAAAAACGCUCAUACAAAAUCAGAAUAAGUUUUUCAUCAAGUAUCUCAAGCCAAUUUUUCUAGGAGAUGCUCAAAAAGUUUGUUUUUCUGUCUUUUUAGGUACUGAUUUUUCUCUGAAUGUUAUUCAUAAAGAAAUUUAUGAAAAAAAGGGAAUCUUUUUGAAAACUUCAAUGAAAUUUCAUGAUAAUAACUUUGUCAUUUUUCAAUCUUUAGGCCUUCCUGGAACAUUCUCAUGGCUUUUUGCUGUUUUCAAACGAGAAAAACUGCUUUUUAAUCAUACAUUCAACUUUGCUGUACCUCUGAAGCUUAUUGAAGUUUAGUUUGAUAGGAAAUCUAAGGCCAAGAAAGUUUUAUGAUGAUAAUUUUGUGAUUUUUCGAUCUUAAGGUCGACGUCGAACAUGUUGAAAUUUCACAUUCGGAACAAAAAGAAGAGCCACAGCUCAUCGCAGUGGAUAAUGACGACGAAAACCCUAAAAAAGGCGAAGAAAUCCCAAAUAUUCCUGGAAUUUUCCCAAAAAUCGCCGGCUUCCCUGCAUUCGUGACCCCUGUUGAGGAAAAAGGAGUUGAGACGUUUCCUGUGGCUUUGGAAGUCGUUGAGCCUCCAAAAGUCACAAAAAGCUCUUUUGAACCUUCUCGACCAAGUUUUGUCCCUGGAACUGGAACCACAUUGAAUUCGUCUUUUGAAGCUGUCAACUAUAAUCAGAUUCUUCUAUCCAGUCCUAAAAUUGCUCAUCUUCCUUCCAAUUAUUCCUACCAAAUGUCAUCUUCUUCGGGAACACGUCAUCGCGGAGGAUGGAGAAAUGAGGAAAAUACGGCUACUUUUACUAACGAAAAGGUUAGUUUGAGGGACAAAAUAGCCGCGGAACAGGCUUUCGCGCUCCACGGAUAAUCCUGAGGCGCGUAUAGGAAAAUUCUCGGACCUUGGUAACGUGAACCGGACGUGUCGGGGCAUUUCUAGUGACGACUUUAGUAGCCUCAGCACUCUUAAGUGAUCCCUAGAAUCGCCCAGAAACGUCCGUUUCGCGCUACCAAUCUCCGAGUUAGAAGUUUUUGACUAAAAAUAUUUCUCCAUACCAAUUCUUUCAAACAAAACCUGAAAAUUUGAGAGGUUUCAAAAAUUAUCUCAUAAAAAUUGGAUUUUUAUGCCUUUUUGCUGUUUCCAGAACCUUCUAAAACACUUUUCUCCACAACUAAACAUUUUCAACCAGUUUAUUGUUUCUUGAUAAAAUUUUUUGGAAAUUUCUGAAGUUUUAAAAAACUAUUAUUAACUUUCUCAUGAACGCGAGAGUUUUUGCAGAAAGUCGAGUUAGAAAAGGCCCUGGCAGAAAGCAAGAAGCGGCUGGAAGAACAGAAAGAGAGAAAGAAGCAAGCCGAAAUUGAGGCGGAGAGAAUCGCCGAAGAUUCCCGAUUGAAGAAGCUCGAAAGGGAGCAGAAAUUCCGAGAAACUUCGCAAAAUGAGAAGGAGAAGCUGAAAGAAGUCGACUACGCGUUGGAGCAAGAGAAGGAGGAGUUGGAGCAGCGGCACUUGCAGCAGGAGGAGAAAUGGAACGAGGAGCUGGUCCAGCUCGAGAAGAAGGCCGAAGAGGAGGAGAAUCGGCUUGGGAAGAACGUCGGCGAGUUCAAACGGACUUUGGCCGUGGAGCAAGCUUGGGACCAAGAAUUGGCCGUUCUUCGGAAGUCUGUCCUCGAGUUGCUCCGACUUUUUGGCCUUGCUAGUCAUGAGGUGGAUCGCUAUGAACAUUUUUUGCGGACUUGAAAGGCGAUAUGGGCAUAUUGGCAAGGGGGCGUUGCGUACGCGGCGCGUUUUUUUGGCGGGAAACUUUGGAUUUCAAACGGGAGGCACCUUUUUUUCCAUUGUUAUUUCUCCUUUUUUUCGCGACGUUUUUCGAUAAAUUUUUUUAAUUUUUUUAUGGUCUGCGGAACAUUAGUUGAACUAAAAGCAUACAAAAAAAAAUUUUUUUCCACCUUGGUUUUUAGUCUCCAAAUUUCCCGCUAAAGGGUCCAUAUCACCUUUUAAGUUGAAAAAAUUGACUAUAGUCCUAAAAUAUUCCAAUCCUGCGUUUUAGAUCGGAAGAGCCACCACUAAAGAGUUUGACGAGCGCUUCAGAAGGUUCCAAAAAAUCAACAAAAAGUGCGAACUUGAAUGCGGGAAUCUGGAGAAUUUCUACAGCGCUUAUUUGGAUCACAUUGAGAAUUUGUUCAAACAUAAUCCAGCCAAUUUUCUUCAGGAUAUCAUGGUUUGAAAGUUCUUUGAAAAAAGCAUACGAUUUGUUAAUUUUUAGAUGAUUCUGAAGCAAAUGCUGACAGUUGUUGUGGAUUUGAAGCAUUCCCUGUCCGAAGCAGGGGAAAUGGUAAGACUUUUGGCUAGUCUGAGCGAGAGAUAAGGGUUCAUGAAGAGAUGUCAGACAGCGAGAGACUUUAUAACUUGUCUGGACCCUCUUCGGGCCGUGUUGAUCUUUUUAAUUUUUUUCGGUUUGCCACAGAUUUUUAACGAUUUUUCGUAAAGUUUCGUGUACUAAUUCAAAAUUAGAAGUUUAUUUUUUUUUUCCUUGAGACCAUUAAAAAAAAGGAAAAUUUAUGAUCCAUGGAAAUUUUGAAAUUUUAACUGUUUUAACUGAUUACUGCAAUGUAAGAAUACAUUGAAGAUGUAAUUUUGAAAUAAAAAAACUAAAAAAAUGAAACUACAAAUCGUGCCAUUUUUUUGACGGCUAAUAUUCCGUUUGUGGCUCUUAAAAGCCUCAUUUCUGAUCCAAGUUUAAGAAAAAAAGCCUCGAAAAUAUACUUAUUAUUGAGGAAAUAUGAUAAAUUUUUCAAUUUUUAGUCAAGAACUCCUUCGGAACAAAGCUCCUGUUGGGUAAAAAGCGACCUCUCUCGUCAGAAAUCUGGAGGAAUUGGCUAAAAAUGUCCCUUCGACCAGCCAAUUCAAGCAAAAAUGCCUGUCUCAAUAAAUCAUUUUUACGGUCAAUAACUGAAUAUUUGCCUAUUUAAUGUACAUUCCAAUUGCUCACUCGUUAUAAUUUAUUUUUCCCGUCAUUAUCAAUUUUCAUAAAUACUAUACUUAUUUUUCGUUUUUUUUUUCUUGAAGUGGUCUUUAUUUCCCACGAUUUAUCUCCGAUUUUUUCAUUUCCAUUAUUUUUGGAAACUCGAAAAGCCGUCAGGAUGGAGGAAGAACGAUCGAGGAGCUUUUCUGAAAGCGAUCAUGGAAGUUAUUCGGAACUUUUUCUCUGAAUUCGAUACCAAUUAUAUUAAAAUUAAAGUAAGACAUUUUUGAAUGUUUUUUUCAUGCCGUGUUCAAAGUGUCUUCCGGAAAAUGCCAAUUAUCUCUGACUCUUCAAAGUUUUGUCAUCUUUUUCCUUCUCAAGCGGCUAUUUUGAAUUUCGCGGACCUUAAACACGGCACACGGCGUUUUUGUUAGUGGAAGAAAAUUCGAAACCAAAAAUGAAGGGGGCGGAGCCAAAACUCCGUCGUUCCCAAACAGGGUGGCGAGGCGUCAAGCUUUCUGAAUUUACAAAAAAAAAUUAGUGCGCGCUACGGAUAAAAUUCACUGAGUAUCAAACGUUAAUAACUUGUUUUUUCGAUCGCCUUGGGCUGUGUACUGUAGAUUUCAAAUUUCGCGCCAAAUUUUUUUUGACGUCUCCCCACCCCGUUUGGGAACACCGUGCAUGUGACGUAAUGAGAAACAAGCGUAGAGUUAAAGGCGCAUGUUCAAUGGGUCAUAAGACGAGUCGAUUCCUCAUUUAAAACACGCGAUUUUUCUGCUUCCGUGUUCAAAGUGAAAUUCAAAGUAUCCGCCAAAGAGUUGAAAAAUAUAACUGAAUUUCGGAAAUUCAGAAAUUAUCUCGAAUUUCGCGAAAAUUACUUUGAACACGGCGGCAUGUGCGAGAGCGCCGUGGUGCAUGCACACUACACACUACACUUUACGGAAAAUAUAAGGGCGGGGCGUCGUCAAAAAAAACGCCUUUAAAAUGGAAAAUAUUUUUUACUUCAUUUGUUACAGCUUAGGCUUGAUAAAAAAAAAUCAAUUUUUUCUCUAGAAUUCACUGAAAGAAUCAAUAAACGGGAAAAAAGAAAGCUUUGAACGUUUUCGUAACAGUUUUUUUAAAGCUACUUACGCCUCGAAAAACAGAACUUCAACGAAUAAGAUUAAAACAAAAAGCUAAUUUUUCAGCUGGAUAUAUAAACCAAAAUAAAGACCUCAAAUUUCAGAUCUUCUGGAUGGAAAGCGGGGUUUCCGAUAGAAUUCAACAAGUCUCGGAAAUGAUGGAGAGAAUAGCUCUAUCGCUCAAGAAGGCCAAAGCCCAAGAGAAACGGAUCGACGAGAUAAUCGAACGGUGGAGGAAGAAAAUGGACGACGAUUACGAACGGACGAAAUCGGCUCUAACGGCUCGAGAAGAAAUCGAAGAACUUGAUAGAAAAUACCAGAUCGAUGCGAAAAGAUUGGAUUCUUGGUCCGAUAGGGAACACGAAAAUCUUCGUUUCUUACUGAAAAUCCGCCAGACCGACUACGACUCCCAGGAACGAUUUUCCACUUUUUUAUGCCAUCUCAAGGAUGCGCUCGACACUUUCAUCAAACAGACCGAAGACGACUUUGAAGGGGUUCGUUGGAUUUUUGAUUAUAAUCAUCUUAGUUCAUGAUUGCGUUUCUGUUAGUGGAAGAUGAAACCAAAAAUGGGUGGGCGGAGUCAAAAUCUCCGAAGUUCCCACGUGACGUCAUGGAAACGGCAGAGAUUUCGGCGCUAAGAGAGUAAAUAACAUGGCAUAUUAAAGGCGCAGGCAGCCGUAUUGCCAGAGGUUUUUGAGACGAAUUGAAUUCCCUCUACAUGAACCCAAUUUUUCUGCGCGAAAGCGGCGCAGUGCAUGCACACGACACACGACACUUUACGGAGAAAAAAAAUGGGGUCGUCGAAAAAACGCUGGGAGUUCGUCAAAAAUCCUGUGAGUAAAUUUUCGAGAGAAAUUUGACAUUUUUAGGCUUAUUUUAUUUUUAACUCACAAGAAAUUUUUUAAGUGAAGUUUUUAUUUAAAAAAGUGGUUAACCAUUAGCCGGUCCAGGGCCAUCAAAAAUUGGGUCCUGAAACGAUAAAAAGGGGUUUUUUUUGGUUGGUGGAGAGCGCAGACCAGCGACUGAUUAGGAAAGUCUCAUUUUUACUAGCGAAGAACAAUUUUGAACCAUUGGUGUUUUUUUUUUGCCAUUGGAAAGACAUACGGCCUCGGAUUAUUUUUGAAUUAAAAAAAACGACCGAUUUUAAUUUUAGGAAAACUCCCUGCGAAUCGUCAGUCGGAUGAUGCUUCCUCUGGAGGAAGUCGAGCGAGAAAGAAUCCGAGUCAGGAAAGAUGAUCUCGACUGCGAAUCCGCCUUGCUCAGAGACCGUGCCAAACAUUCCAAAGACUUUAAAAUUCCCCUCGACGUCGAUUCCGAAUUCAGACUUGAUUACGAAGAAGUCGUCGCCAAUUUUGAAACGAGGCUGCAUCUCAACAAAAUAGAUGGGGAACAUCUGGACUUGCUUCUUUUCGUUCUCAGAAGCUAUAUGUAUAAUACGCUACUUGGUCCAGCCGGCGAAGUUUUCAGCCACAAUUCCGAGGUUAAUCAUUGAAGAUUUCACACCAGCUUGUUUUUCCUGUCGUGAUAAGAGUACUCCAAAUUUCGCUUUGAGACCUAGUUUUUAGCAAUUUUUGUCAAAGUGUCUCGAAGCGAAAGCGCGGAGUCUGUAUUUACGGUAUAGUUGAUAGCUUAAGCCAUCGGGAAAGGGUCCUGACACGAUAAGGAACAAGAAAUAGUGUUUGGUUGAUAGAGAGCGCAGAUAGGCCACGCCUUUUUGCUUGCCAAACUAGCCGUGAACUUUAUAGCUUUUCAUUGAAAGCUGUUUUUGAAAAAAAUCGAUCGUUUCGCGAAAAAUACACUAAAGCUGACAAACUUUUAGAUCUUUCCGGAGACCUCUGAAAAUCUUUCGAAUUCGGAGAACCCUCAGUCGCCAAUAUAUCAAGACAACAUUCUUGGAUUCUUUCUUGCAAAGGAAAACAAACAGCUGAGCUUGAAUAUCUGAAAAAGGAAUAACUGAUGGUUUCAGGGUAGAACUUGAUCCGGAUCAACUUUGA